AAAAUGGAAACCUAAAAAGUGUGAUAUCUCUUAUAAGUGACUCGUUUUCAAUAAAAUUUUAAUGAUGGUGGUUACGGUGUUGAAGAAAAAACAUUCCUUGGUGGGCCAUAGCAUGUUACCGGUAAUCAGGGCAGUUAGAACGGAUGCAUCAAGUGUAAUGGAGUUCGCCCGAUUAGAGGCUGAACAGCAAUUAGAGUUGUUGUCGCCAGAGGAACUACAAAAGGCUGUCCGUACUUUAACGAAUGAAGAUCCGGCAGACAUUUUGCAGAUGGCCCAAAGGGAGGAGAACUCAGGGAAUUUGUGUCUACUCGUGCAUCACACCAUCCUGCAUGCUAAUGAGUUCGGUCAGCCUAAGGGUCAACAAUUGAUUGCGACGCCUCCAGAUCUACCCGUUACUGGGGAGCCACCAGUAAAGAAGGUGAAAAUGGCUGAGCAGGACGAGCAGUUGACAAGUUGUGCGCCGCCUGAGGGAGUUAAGAUAGCCAAGGAAAAGGAAGAAUUGAGUCACAAGAUCCCAGUUUGGGAAGUGAAUUCCGGUUUUAUGUUAUACGACAGUUCGAUGCAGAAAAGAGAGCAUCAAAGUUGGAUCAAUGCUGUUAGUCAUGCUGAAAUUGGAAAGAGCCACCAGUCGCCAACCAAUGUGUUACCGUUCGAACAGAUUAUUCGUCAAGGGCAGCCUUUUCUCUUGUUCUAUUGAAGAUUUGUCGGUUAGAGAUCCAGAUUCUUUUAUAGCGGGUAGCAUCCAUCACCAUGUGAAAGAAUGGGAAACUUUACUGGAGUCUUUGCAUGAUACUGAUUUGCCUUGUAACGAUAUAAAAGAGUGGCUGACAGAAGGCGUAAAUGUCAGGAAAUUCUUUCAGCCAUUUAAAGGUAAUUAUAAAGGAAAACGGUAUAAUUCUGCUGAGCCACCCAGGAUGUUUUUUCAGAAUGCCCCCUCCUGUAAAAAGUUUGUACCUUUCAUAACCAAAGAGUUGAAUGCCAAAGUAAAAGAGCGAACAUUGACGAUAGUAGGCAAGCUGGGUGAAUGUGAACUCCCACACUUAAUUUUGCCGUUAACAGUAGAGCCAUCAAAGCCUCGUCUUUGCCAGGAUGCACGGUUUUUAAAUUUAUGGAUUAACGAUUCUCCGUUUAAGUUAGACACACUGCGAGAAGUGCAUAGGUUGGUACCAAAGGGGGCUAAGAUGAUCUCUUGUGAUGAGAAGUCGGGGUAUAGUCAUGUUAAACUGUCUCCAGACUCUAGGGCAUAUUUUGGUGGGCAAUUUGGAGGGUAUGUAUUUGUUUAUAAUACAUUGCCGUUUGGUUGGAAGUCAUCGGCAUUUAUUUACAACACCAUUGGUUCUGUCCCAACACUCUACCUGCGUAAAUUUGGUAUUUCUAACACUCUAUAUAUUGAUGACCAAUUGGGGAUCGUGUCUAUUAGUCUGGCCUCUAAUACUGUAAGCAUGCCUAUUCAUGUUAUCGCAUAUGCUAUAAUAGAGUUGUUGACAAGGUUGCUACUUCAAGGAAACAUUUGGGUUUCAUAGUAGAUUCUGAUAGACAGGCAUAUUUGUUACCAGAUGACAAAAGACAGAAGUUCAUACAGUUAAGGGAGGAAAUUUUGGCAGCAAAGCAGGUUGAUGCGAAAACUUUGCAAAGAUUCGAGGGGAAAUGCAUAUCUCUCAUGUUAGUUGUUCCAGGGGCUAGGUUGUAUGUUAGAGAAGUGAACAAAGCCAUUUCUUUCGCCCUCAGAACCGAAAAGUAUGUUUCCUUGUACCCCAAGCUCCGUCAGGAAAUGGAGUAUUGGCAAUUUCGGGAUACUUGGCAGGGCUGCAUGAGCUGGAGAAAGGAGUGUCAUAAGCAGAUCUCCUUAGCAACUGAUGCGUCUUUGUUCAAGUAUGGGGUGUCAGUGUUGGCUGAUAAUUCUUUCAAUUUUUCGGAUUACUGGGAGAAUGACGAUGCUAGGCCAAUUCAUUUGAAAGAAGCGCAGGCAAUGUUGAAUGCAUUACAGUCGCUGUCUCAGAAAAUAGUUGACAGCAGGGUGGAUGUCCUAACAGACAGCCAGGUUCUCAUUGAUGUAUGGCAAAAUCAAGGGGGAAAGGACAGCAGGUUAAAUGGUAUUAUUAAGCAGAUAUUUCAGUUGGUCCUGGCCUCUAAUGCAGAUUUGAAGCUUAUGUAUAUUCCAUCUGCUAAGAACCCGGGAGAUAAGCCGUCUAGAUCUAUCAAUAGAAAUGAUAUGAUGUUGUCUCCCACAGCGUGGUCCCUGGUUCAACAUGCAUUCGGUCAACAUUCCAUGGAUUUAAUGGCGUUGGAUAGUAAUGUUAUGAGAGACGAAAAUAAUGCUAUGUUGCCACAUUAUACUCCUUGCCCAACACCAGCGUCUGCGGGAGUGAACAUGUUUGCACAGGAUAUUUCAGGUGUUAAGAAUCCUUAUGUGUUCCCGCCAUUUCACCUAGUGCUAUCAGUGAUGAACUUCUUGUUAGAGCAGCAGGUGCCAUGCUGUACCGUAGUUGCGCCUGAUUUAUCCUAUGCUGAAGUGUGGGCUCCAGUUGUAGCAUUGUAUGUAGUUGAUUCAAUACUGUAAGGCAACAAAGGUGACAAGAAUAUUUUGCUGCUCCCUGGCAAAAAAGGAUUUGUGCCAGAUGAGGCAGGAUUGCCAUGUGCUCUGCGGGCAUACAGAUUGUGUUGUUAUUAAAUGGUGUUUGCAUCUAUAUCUUGCAGGACACGGCGCAGAAAACGGCUUUACAGAUUGAUUUGCUGGCAAUAAAUAAGCGAAUGGCGUAUCUAAAGGACUCAUCGGAAAAUUCAUCAAAUUUCAAAAGAAAAUCUAGUUUAAAAAACUCUGUGGAGGCAUUUUUCAAUGCGUUGCCUUUUACUCCUUCCCUUUCCACUUGUAUACCAGAUGACAUUAUAAGGUUUUUGAUUUGGAAGGAUUCUCAUGGUAAGACGAAAGUUCAUGCCAUUCACUGUCCUUUCUUAGGAGACAAGAAAAGCCGUUCCUGUUCGUGUCCUGUAAGAUUGGCUGCUACUUCUGUAAACAAUAUUGUACAGAAACUAGUUGACAUAUUUGACACACAGGGUAGAUGUCGGGUGUGGGAUAUUAAAACAUGGAGUGGGAAUCCUGCUUGCGCCCCUGCAGUAAGGGUUACUGUAAGCAAGUUGCCUUGGAACACGCCAAGGCUCAUGUUCUGCCCACCCAGGCAAAGCCCAUGUUUGUAUCCAAGUUAUUCAGGAUUUGUGAAUAUAUUGAUAGAGAAUUUGGUAGGAAUGAUAUUUUAACAAGACAAAAGUUUGUCUUUCUCAGGGAUCAAGCAUUUUUGAAAUUACAGUUUUUUGUGGGCGAUAGAGCAUCGGAUCUUGCUGCUGUGCCUACUCAAAAAAUCAAGAAAUUGAGUGAUGAUUCAGGUUUUGUAUUCUGCCAUACAAUCACUAAGACGAUACGGGGUGGGAAAGGUGUUGCUAACAGAUUUGUAGGAAAAAGGUGUGAGGACGCUGGUAUCUGUCCUAUUCAGGCCAUUGAAAGAUACAUCAGUUGGUCAGCUUCGAAUGGUGUAGAUCUCAGAUAUGGGUAUUUGUUCAGGGUAGUAUCUGAGUCAGGGGGAGUUUUGGACCAGAAAGUUUCUUAUGAAACCAUGUAUACAAGGUUCAAGGGAUAUCUUGCAGUAAUUGGUAUAGAUAAUGGUGAUACAUUGCAUAGUUUGCGAUCGGGUUGCUCAAUUUUGCUUGGUAUGUCGGGCUCAGUUGAGUCAGAGGAUCAGAUGAUGAAUCAUAUAGGAUGGCACACGAAAGAAUCAGCAUUGUACUACAGUAGGGUAGAGAAGUUCGGAGAUGCGACACUUGUUGCAAGUAGGUUGUCUCGAUCGGUGCGUUCGUCAGUAGAGUUGGAACAAAAGUUUAAUAGUAGUGAUGAGACAAAAUUGGGGCUAGCCUUCAAGUAGAUAUACAUGUACGAUGUAUUUUUGUAACCUUUGGAUCUCACGUUGGAAUACAAUUUAAAGCAACAAUUCCGUCUAUUCUUCCAAUUCAUGUAUUAAGCUAGAGAUUUAUCAAUAUUUUGUUAAUAUAAUGUUUGUCCUGGUUUGGCUAAUGCCAUGGGCCUAUUUUGUUGGUUGUUUACGAAGUUGAAUAAACAUUUUCUUUGAAAUUGGUUUUGUGUGGUUUGUUUCUCAUCUCAGUGAUUGAGUAAUGGGGAGUUGGGGGUAGAAAAGCAUACUCAAUCACUGGUGGGAUGUGUCUUGAUAAAGUAUAGGUGUUCAAUUGUUUGUUGGAUUGCGAAAGCGCUGGAGGAUUCUGCCUUUCAUUUCCCCAAUACUCUGUUUCCCUGGAGCAGUGGAUGACAAGAGGUUCGCUUCGGGUAUGGGACCAUCCGAAGCGACACCUCGCGGAAUACA